AUGGUAAGCCCGCCAUGUUGGAAACGUGUGAAAAUAGUGCACCGCGGUCGUAGGCCACCACCUAAUGACAAUAUGCUUUCCGUAAAACAGCUUUGCAUCCGCAGUAAGGCCCUUACAGUAGCUCUUGGUGAUGACCAGGCAACUGCAGAUCUACUAGCUGCGGGGGGGAAUUUUGGAGAACGGCUCUUUUCAAAAACCAAGCAUUAUCAUCUUAAUGUUCCUCAUGUUGGGAUGAUCACCGUAAUGAACGAAAUGGAGUGCCUGUUUAAAUGCUGCAGGAGUCAUUUGUGCCUUUCUGUAAACAUGUCCCCGUCUAAAGGAAGAGAUGGAAAGCUUUGGUGUGAGUUGCUGUCUUCUGAUAAAUACAGAAACGUCGACAAGUUGAAAGCAAACAAAAGUUCGCAUUAUUAUUGUGUCGAGCUUUCCUGUUUUAAUAACCCAUGUAAGAACGGAGGGACCUGGCAACCGGUGCACGGAGCUCGAGAGUGUGGUAAUGAUUCCACGUGCGUCUGUGCAGCGGGUUUCAGAGGGAAAUCUUGCGAGCAAAAUGUCACUCUUAGCCUGGAUGGAUUUUGGCCAGUUGGUGUAGCCUUGAAAGGUUACAAUGGCAAGUAUCUCAGUCGUAAACACCGAUCGGGCAUUGAUUACAUUGAGAUGGCAAAAAGUCAGAAGGAUAGUACCACGAGAUUUGUAGCCACGGAGUCCAAUGGUAAGCUAAUGCUUACAGCAGACAAUGGGAAGUAUUUGUCGAGAGUAAGACGUGCAAAUGUCGAUUACAUCGAAGCUGCCAAGACAUAUCCUGAUACUUUCAGCCAGUUUACAGUACAUGAUCAACCAGAUGGAACCGUAGCAUUGCAAGCAGACAAUGGAAAAUACUUGAGUUUAAUCGAUCGCAACUCAAGAAACUCUUUUGAGGCAGCGAAGGAUAACAUUGACUCUCAUUGCAAAUUGAAGCGUGAGAUUCAGGGGUAA